UCGAGUCAUCAGUCUUCUCAGGACCCUCGACCGCGGAACUCGCUUUCCGAAUAUCCUACCUUCAGCCGAAACGUCUUGCCGCGAUUCCAAGAACCGGUCGAACGUCUGUAGAAAAUGACGAUUCCUAGAUCGCUCCUGAUACUGUCCCUCGUCGGCCUCUGCGCCGUCGUUUGCGGGCUCCCUCAGCCGCCCAAGUCUAGGCGACCCGCUCCAGAUUUCAAGAACAACACCGGAGGCUUGGAGCUGCCGGACAACGCGACGCUGAUCAGAGAGAACAUCGUGGACAACUUCUCCUGCCAGGACAGAAUCUACGGCUACUACGCGGACAUGGAGAACGACUGCCAGGUUUUCCACGUUUGCCUGCCCCAGGCUAGGGGUUCGACCAGGUGGAGUUUCAUCUGUCCCGCGGAGACCGUGUUCAAUCAGGCGACGUUCGUGUGCACGCGAACGGAGAACUCGAUACCCUGCGAGGAGUCCGAGAGCUUCUACAGUUUGAACGAGGCGAUCGGCAAGGAAGCGGACGAGGAAGAGAACGACGCGGACCAAUCGACCAAGGAAUCGGACGCGGUGGAGCCGAUCUCGAGCAAGCCGCCGUCCAGAACCUCUAGGAUUCUGAACAGGAAGAAAUCGUCGCGACGCCAGUGACGCGUGAACUUUUCCCGAUUAAAAUGGUUCUCGAUUCAGAGACUGUGCACCGCGAGAGAUUCUCGCGGGUUAUCGGAACGAAUCGAAUCUUCUGCUUGCCUUAAACUCGGCCGAGCCCUGGCUCACCUAGUAUUUUUAAGUAUCGAUCUAAAACGUUCUUAUUCCUCGCGCAAACGAGUGUAGGAGUGCGUGGUAUUCGCGUGUGGCGAGUGGAAAAACUGUGCAAUAUAUUGUAAAUCUUAAUGUUACGUAGAUCGACGCGCUUGGAGCGUUGCAAUAAAUGGGUUAAAGUGUCCGUAAAAAAUUUAUUGUACGUAGCGUGUCGAUACAGCUCGCUAAUACUGACAAUUGGAUCACUAUGACAAUAAGUAAGCAGCCUUAGAGCGCGAUUAACAGCGUUACACAAGUGUCCCAAGCGUAGAACCGGUGCGGGAGAACACGGUGCUUCUGCGUUGAUUGAUAAAAAAAGAAGAAAGCGACUUAACGACUAAAUCAAACGUACGGCUAGCGAUUAAGGUGGCGAGGGGAGAGGUCGUCGGAUCGACGCCUCGCCUCAACGUUUAUUUACAACGCAACAACACUGAUAUGUAUCGAUAUUGGUUUUUUUCGGUGACUUAACGAUACGACGGAAAUAAAUAAAGAAACAGAAGCGAGUGAAA